AGCGUCGCUCGCUUUUACGUCCGUGUUUACAAUCGAAGCGUGACGUUCAGGGACUCGUAAGAAUACGUCUCCUAGCGUAACGUCGAGUGUAUGAAAUUAAUCUCCCACCGAGGAACAUCUAAAAUGCUGUCACUAAAAGCUUUUCUCAACGACAGACUGAUGGCAGUGGCAGAUGAGAUUUUCGGAGCUGUCGAAAAGACAAUAGCCGAGUACAAAGAGGAGAUUUUUCGCUCCAAAGAUCUGGAAAUCAGUCGACUAAGGAUGCAACUGAAGCUUCUAAAACAAGGUUUGUUUGAAUGGAAUCUCCAAACAGCCAAACAUAAUCUUUUUUCAUUUGUUUUUAUAGCAAACAGCAUUUAAUUGAUCUGAGUAUUUGUGUUUUAUUCAUAGAGCCCGAGCUGGAGACAUGCAUCGGAGCCCAGCUACAGCAGCACAGCCAUCAUCACCACCACCCUCCUCCUCCACCACAGCAUCAUCAGUCAAACCCUGAGGUUGAAGCUCCAGAGCCCCCGCAUUGUGAGGAGGAUGAGGGCAGCAGCAUGGAGCAGGAGCACCCAGAGCCCUCACUGGUGAAGAAGGAGCAUCUGAAGAGCCAUAGGGAUUUUUGGAUGGGACACGAUGCGGCACAGCAACUGGAAAGCCUCGAAUCAGACAUCAAGGACUUCAUCUCAUCUCCUUCCAGUCUGAGAACAAGUCUCCACGAUCCCAUCUUACCCUUCCACCCAAACCACAACAUCAAUAACAACAACAGCAGCAGUGGAGAGGAGGGCAGAGAGAAACCAUACUGCUGCUCUGUGUGUGAAAAGCGCUUCAAUAACUGCUCCCACCUCGCUGCUCACAUCAGGACACACACGGGAGAAAGGCCAUACAUAUGUGAAAUAUGCAGGAAGACUUUUAUCACUACAAGUGCUCUGAAUAGACACCAGACCAUACACAGCGAAGGGAAACACUUUAUUUGUAAUUAUUGUGGCAAGUCCUUUAAAUGGAUGGAGUCCCUGGGCAGGCACAUAAGAAGUGUGCACAAGAGAGAAAACAUGCCUGUAUGAACCUCAAAGUUACACUGACGUCCAAUAGGUGCUUGUUUUUACUGUAUGUCAUUCAUUAUUUUAGUAUUAGCUCCGAACAAAGAAUGUAAUGUCUGUUCUCUGUCUUUAGUUGUUAGUUGAUGUGCAUGGACCACAUUAGGCCUUGUGAACUUGUGUAUGUAGCGCUGUUUGUAAAAACACACACAGAAUUUUUAUGAAUAAAUUAUGGACACUGAAUUCAGAAUAAAAUGUUGGUACUCUA